UAAUGUCUGAUUUUCUUUUUCUUCCCAUGUGGGUUGAGUUUGAACAUAGUGUUGAAAUGUUAAGAUAUGUAACCUGGGCCUUUCUUAGAAGUGUAGAACGCCGUACUGUUGUUAAGAAAGAUUUGUGGGCUUCUGCGUUUAAAUUUUUUACUAAGGAAGGUCCCGUUACAUAAGGAAUAAACUGUUACGAAGUUAAUUGGAGUAUUAUGUAAGAAAAUCAGUCCUUAUUUUUGGGUUCUUAAACUCUCAGCGGCUGCUUCUGUUGUGGUGCUGAAAGAUUCUCCGUCACUUUGGAGGAUUUUAUUGUCAUCACAUAGCAUUAUUGCUAAGGAUUUACAUUUUUAAGAUAGGUAACUCCACUCUAUGGGACCAUAGCUUUAAUAUGGGCUGCCUGUAUUGCAGCAGCGAAGAUAGGUUGGAUAAUAAGCUUCAAUCACUUCGUGAACGUUCUUCCUAGAGAUGUUGGCUUCCUUCUUGCAACGAAGAGAAUGCUCUUAUGAGUCUCUCUAAUCAAUAUUUCUUAUUACUAUUAUACAAAAACAACUUGCGCAUCUUAAAGGGCUAGGUCUUGUAGCAGAAAAUUGUGGAAAUGGACAAUCUUAAUCGCUGCCCUGCCAAUUACAUGCCUCUAUCACCUAUAAUUUUUCUGAAGCGAGCUGGCAAUGUGUACAGAGAACACACGUCUGUUGUAUAUGGCUCUGUGCGGUAUACAUGGGCAGAGACACUUGAACGCUGCAUUAGGCUGGCUUCUGCCAUCUCUUCACUUAAUAUUUCAAGUGGGGAUGUUGUUGCAGUAGUGGCUCCCAAUAUCCCAGCAAUGUACGAGCUGCAAUUCGGAGUGCCAAUGGCAGGGGCAGUGCUCUGUUGCUUAAACAUCCGUCAUGAUGCACGCACAAUGUCUGUGCUUCUGAGACACUCCAAGGCAAAGGUUAUUUUUGUAGACUUUCAGUUCUUAGAAGUUGCUCAUGAAGUUUUAAAUCUAUUCUCACAACAUAAAAAUGCAAAGAUGCCUAUUCUGGUACUGAUUCCUGAACUGAAUAGUAGACAAAAUUUCCAAAAUACAGACCCUGCAUACUUAACUUAUGAAAGCCUUCUGAGCAAUGCGGACAAAAACUUUGAAACAAGGUGGCCUGACGAUGAAUGGGAUUCCAUUGCACUAAAUUACACGUCUGGCACUACCUCCAGCCCAAAGGGAGUUGUAUUUAGUCACAGAGGUGCUUAUCUCAAUUCCCUUGCAUGUGUUUUAUUAUGUGAAAUGGCAUCCAUGCCUGUAUAUCUAUGGACAGUCCCAAUGUUCCACUGCAAUGGAUGGUCAUUUGCAUGGGCCAUAGCUGCACAGGGUGGCACAAAUGUCUGCCUAAGAAAUGUAACAGCAAGUGCAAUAUUUGAUGCCAUUGUAGAGCACAAAGUUACCCACUUAAGCGGUGCACCAACAGUGUUAAACAUAAUUGCAAACGCCCAACCCCACGAAAUAAAGCCUGUUACACACAGUGUACAGAUGGUAACUGGUGGUGCCCCGCCACCAGCAGCAAUGCUGUAUACCAUGACUAAGCUUGGCUUCCAUAUGGUUCACUCAUAUGGCCUCACUGAAACAUAUGGCCCCUCAUCUGUCUGUGCAUGGAAACCCCAAUGGGACUCUCUGCCACAAGAACAGCAGGCCAAGUUGAAGGCUAGACAAGGUGUCCCACACCUUGGUCUGUGGGGUAUUGAUGUUAAGAAUCCAGAAACUAUGGAAAGUGUUUAUGCUGAUGGGAAAACAAUUGGGGAGGUCAUGAUCAAGGGAAAUACCGUCAUGAAGGGGUACUUUAAUGAUGUAGCUGCCACUGAGGCUGCUUUUGAUGGGGGUUGGUUCAGGACAGGUGAUUUAGGGGUCAUGCAUCCUGAUGGGUAUAUUGAGCUCAAGGACCGGUCCAAGGAUAUUAUUAUCUCGGGGGGUGAAAAUGUGAGUACUAUUGAGGUUGAAUCUAUUCUAUACGAUCAUCCAGAGAUACUUGAGGCUGCCGUUGUGGGGCGCCCGGAUGAGUUCUGGGGGGAAACCCCUUGCGCCUUUGUGAAGCUCAAGGAACCCAAGCAGGUUACUGCAGAAAGUAUCAUUGCCUUUUGUCGUGCAAGAUUGCCACAUUUUAUGGCUCCAAAAACUGUGAUAUUUCAGGAUCUGCCUAGGUCUUCGACAGGGAAAGUUCAGAAGGUUGAACUUAAACAAAAGGCAAAGGCUCUGGGGAGCAUCACAAAGCCUCAGAGCAAACUCUAAACGGGCUCUUUCUAUGUAUGUGCUACAAGGUAUGGACCCAUCAUGUUGAUAUAUCUGUAUAUCUUGUCAGCCCAUUGUUUCAUUUGGUAAAGAUAUGAUUGUAAAGUCUGGACUCUGAAUUGUGGAGUUUAUCCUUUCAGAUAAUAGCCCAAUAAAGGGGAUUUCUUAAUAUAUUUAUUUUCGAAAUAAAAAUUAUUUUAAAACA